CUAAAAAACAUGUCAAAUUUUCAAGACAUUUUUCUCUCUAUCUCAAUCAUUUCAUUUAUUAUUGGUUUUUGGUUUAAAAGCCACCCCAUUACAGCGUGUGGAAAGAAAACUUGACGAUAAAUUAAAAGCUAACCAAUACCAAAUCCAAAUGACAAAUUCUCAAUUCUGGAAAUGUUUCCUUUUCCAAGGUUAACCCGCUAAGGAAUCUCCAGAAAAAAGUGUGUUUAUAAACAAUUAGAGGCAGAACAAUAGCAAAUAGGAUAAGCGCAACUUCCCUGGUAAGGGCAUUAAGCCCACAGUUUACGCAAUUUAUUGGAGAAAAAAAGAAAUAGGUUAUAUGUAAAAGAUGAAUGUGGCAAAAACCACCGAAAAUGGAUCGAGCUCAAAGAAGUUUGCCAAGCCCCUGCAUCUGCAACGGUUGGAGGCAAGUCUUGACAUGGGACCUUUCAUGGCAUUCGCCCAUAAGAUGCUUUCACAGCCGCUAGCCAGCUCUGACUCGGACACUGAUGACGAAGAACACGAAAACGAUGGUGUGCGUAGAGCUGGUGGCCGCUUCAAAGGCAUCAACGGCUCCAAGGAAGAACGACAAAGUGAUAAAGCUCAUGUAUACAAUCUGUCCAGUGUGACCAGCGAGAGGGAAUGGCUGUGUGACGCUCUGCUCAGUGACACCGAAACUGAUUCAGAUAUCUCCGAUGAGGAUGACCACAUCAAGGAUAUGCUCAGGAGCCAUCUACGUGAGCAGAAGUACCGGGAAUCAUACUAUAAAAAAGAAAAGAACACCCAAUACGGCUACUAUGGCACGGGGCUGCUAUCCGCUUAUGACAUGUUUCCCGAGCACCAGCGAUCCAUCGUUGGAGUCCGAAAACGACGCAAGGAACGGGAGAAGAAGGAAAAACCACCGAAAAUUCCAAAACCGAGAAAACAACGACGCAGCAAACAUGGAGACGCAUCGGGAUCAAACGAUCCUAAGGCUCAAAAAUGGGCAGCAUCUCAGCAUCUGCUGCAAAUUAAAUCGGAAUUCGGUGAGGAUGACAUGGACUCAAAGUCCCGCAGUCCAAUGGGUUCGCUCAGAGUGCCUCACUCCGGCCGUGGGAGGAAGAAGAAGUCGGCAAUGGCAAAAACCCCCGAACUCAUGGCUGCCAGAAGACGCAAAGUCUUCCAAUUGAUGUCGAAAAAAGAACUCGGUAAGAUACAAAGGGCCAAAGCCAACAAUCAUAAGGAAAUGCUGCAGGGUUGUAAACGCGUGGCUACCAUGUGCAUGAAGGUGACCCGUCAGAAGGCGAUGCAAUCGCAGAAGAUUAUGAAGGAGACAGUUUGGCGGGCAAAGCGAUUGACCCGUGAAAUGCAAGGCUACUGGAAGCGGUAUGACAGGGUUGAAAGAGAAACACGCCGACGAAUGGAGAAGGAAGCCGAGGAACAGCGUAAGAUCGAUGUUGAAAUUAUCGAGGCCAAACGACAGCAAAGAAAACUCAACUUUCUCAUAACCCAGACUGAACUUUAUGCGCAUUUCAUGUCAAAAAAGCUCGGAUUUGGCACCGAGGAGGAACAAUUGAGGAUCUUAAAUCAGCUCGACGAGGAGAUAAAUCCCCGCUUAUCGGCCUACGAUGACUACGACUCGGAAUUGAUGAAGCAACUAGCUCAGCGACAUGCAGCCGAGGCCUUCAACACAGAUAGAGCUAAGACGCAACAGUUUGAUGUACAAAUCAAAGAGGAAAGUGAAGAAGAAAACCCAUCAGAGUCGAUGGACUGCAAACCGGACUUACCACAGCCCAAUAUCUUCCGAGGAACUCUAAAAACAUAUCAGCUCAAAGGAAUGACCUGGCUAGCGAACAUUUACGACCAAGGAAUCAGUGGAAUUCUGGCUGAUGAAAUGGGUCUUGGCAAAACGGUUCAAUCCAUAGCUUUUCUGUGUCACAUAGCUGAGAAGUACGGAGUAUGGGGUCCCUUUUUGGUCAUUUCGCCAGCGUCGACGUUGCACAAUUGGCAACAGGAGAUGCAACGGUUCGUACCGGAUUUCAAUGUAGUUCCCUAUUGGGGCUCUCCCAAUGAGCGAAAAAUUCUGCGGCAAUUCUGGGAGCAGAAGGAUCUCCACACGAAGGAUGCCAGUUUUCACGUCGUCAUUACCAGCUACCAGUUGAUCGUAUCAGACUACAAGUAUUUCAAUCGAAUCAAGUGGCAGUACAUGAUUCUGGACGAAGCGCAAGCUAUCAAAAGCUCCUCAUCGAUGCGCUGGAAGCUGUUGCUUGGCUUCAACUGUCGCAACAGAUUGUUGCUAAGUGGGACUCCAAUUCAGAACAGUAUGGCCGAGUUGUGGGCUUUGUUGCAUUUUAUAAUGCCAACCCUGUUUGACUCGCAUGAUGAAUUCAACGAGUGGUUCUCGAAGGACAUUGAAAGUCACGCUGAGAACAAAACCGGAAUUGAUGAGAAGCAGAUCUCAAGACUUCAUAUGAUCCUUAAGCCAUUCAUGUUGCGGAGAAUCAAAAAAGAUGUGGAGAACGAGCUCUCGGAUAAAAUCGAGAUAAUGGUCUAUUGUCCAUUGACCACUAGACAAAAGCUUCUCUAUAUGGCUCUGAAGAAGAAGAUUCGCAUUGAGGACCUUUUGCAUUUUACAAUUGGAGGCAAUGAUGGACAUCACGUCGAUAGAAAUUUCACUUCGAAUCUCAUGAAUCUGGUCAUGCAAUUCAGGAAGGUGUGCAACCAUCCGGAGUUGUUCGAAAGGAGGGAUGCCAAGAGUCCGUUUUCGAUGAAGUGUGAGGAAUAUGUUAUGCCAAGAUUGGUGUUCAAUGAAGCUUUACUUAGUUGUGCGGCUUCGGCGUUGCCAAGCAAAAAGCAUCUUUUGUACAAUAGAUUUAACAUCUUUAAAACUGAACACGUUCAAAGAUCUCUGUUUUAUGAGAAACCACGUAAAAAAUCUCAACAAUACCCGAAGUACGUAGACGUAGGAUUGGACUCUGCAUUCAGUUUUAGUCGAUUUUGUGAUUUCAGUCCAAAGGAUAUUGAAGACAUGACAGUUGCGGGGCUGAUUGGAUUUUUGAAAAAUUAUUUGAAAACUUUGAGAGAGUAUGCAGAUUACGCUUAUCGAUUGGAGUGGUGGGAAAACUAUUCCCCUACAAAAACAAUGCUUUUGGAACCGCUUUUGCAGAAUAUAUUGGACCAACGAUUGAUGGCAAAGUGUAGUGCGCUAAAGGAGUUUAUUUUCACAAGAAUGACAUCAUCUGAAAGCUCUAUAUACACAUUCGGCGAUUAUCAAAUUGCAAACAUGCAAGAAUCAAUUGAACAUCGUGUCAUCCGCAGCAGAAAUCGGAAAAUCACUGAAAUAAGAUCUCCUAUCGAAGGAAAUCUUCUGUUCAAAUCAGAACUUGACACUGAUGACGACUUCGCCAGACCAGUGGUAGUUAAAGAAGAAUCAAAAACAUUUACAUCUCCCCCAAGAGGUCGACCUCCAAAAAAUCCAGAUAAGAGCGUUAAAUCUUCUACCAUUCUUCUACCGGAGUUUCCUCAUAUACCAAAACCACCGAGAAAAUUCUUUUGUGAAGCAAUUGAAAUGCCGCGGUUUUUGUAUGGUUUGGGACAAAAGGUUCAAGCUGUCAAAAGGAGAACUUAUUGUGAAAGUCGAGCAGCAGAAUGGGCUCACAUUCGUCACAUUCAAUGUGAUAAUCAAGAAGGUUAUAACUUACUUCACAACGGAUUGGAAUUGUGUAAGCCUAAAUAUGGUUGGUCAUCGAUUGUGAUACCUGAUAAACAGACUCUCGUCUCCGACGCUGGAAAACUAGCUGUGUUGGAUAGUUUAUUAACACGUUUAAAAGCCCAAGGACACAGAGUUUUGAUUUACUCGCAAAUGACAAAAAUGAUUGAUUUAUUAGAGGAGUACAUGUGGCACCGCAAACAUCGUUAUAUGAGACUGGACGGUUCGAGUAAAAUUUCAGCACGUCGUGAUAUGGUUGCCGAUUUUCAAAAUCGUGCUGACAUAUUUGUAUUUCUUCUAUCGACACGAGCAGGUGGAUUGGGUAUCAAUCUGACGGCAGCUGAUACUGUUAUCUUCUAUGACUCGGAUUGGAACCCUACUGUCGAUCAACAGGCCAUGGAUCGUGCACAUCGCCUGGGACAAACUAAACAGGUAACCGUCUACCGGUUGAUCUGCAAAGGUACCAUCGAAGAAAGGAUUCUACAAAGAGCGCGGGAAAAGAGUGAGAUCCAAAGAAUGGUUAUAAGUGGUGGAAACUUUAAGCCAGAUACACUUAAGCCAAAGGAAGUGGUGUCUUUGCUAUUAGAUGACGAAGAAAUCGAACUCAAGUAUCGUCAAAAAACUGAAGAAGACAAAUCCGAUGAAAUUAUGGGUAAGGAUAACAGCGACAAAAAAAGAAGACUCACUACAAAAAUUCAGCCUGCUGAUGGUUCGACUUCUACACCUGACAGCCAAGCUGCCAAACGCAUCAAACUGGACAUAGACGAUGAUUCAAAUAUUGACGUAGGAGCCAACAGCCCCGUUCACAGCAACGACCUAUCGCACACAGAAUCUUUUGUGCCUGGGGCAACUCCAGUUAUGCGAAAUGAUGAAUCCAGCAAUGAGGCUCUGAUCGUCGAUUGUGAUACACCACUUAGACGAACAUCACCAAGCAUGUUCAAUCACUUCGAAUCAAUUGGACGUUCGCGCAGACGUCACCAUCCACGUGGAACAAAACGAGGACGACCGCGAGGAUCUCGUCGCGGCGGCGGAAAUGGUUCUCUGUGUAGAUCAGGCUCAACCCCAGUAAGAUCGACGCCAUCGAAUGAAUCCAAUUUGGGUGGCACAACAACAGAGCAUCUUACGAACAGCGGUGAGGGUGGAUUUGUGCCGACUAUUACACCCGUGAAGAGAGGUCCUGGCAGGCCACGAUUAAAACCAGGUGGUCCGCCUAAUCCAGGUACACGGGGCACUCCAAGGCCGAGGAAACCAAUUGGACCGUUAGUAGUACCGCUUGGUCAGAGUCCUGCAGCUACACCUGUAAAUCGUAGUCCGGCAAUCAGCCCAGCUCCCAGUCCGGCUUCAGAACGCAGUGCCUAUUUUCAGUCCAACGAGGGUGAAAACUGAAAAUUAGUAAUUUAAAAAACAAAAACUAUUUUAUUUUAUUUCCUUAUUUAAGCAAGAAAAAAGUAUGUAUGUAUAUACAACAUUGUAUUAUGUAAUCUUGAGUAUAAGAACAAAUAAAAUGUAUUUCCUUCAAACAGAAUUUUCGAAUUGAAUU